GAACGUCGAGUUGCAUUAUCACCACAGGCAACAGAAGUGUUGGUUGGUAAAGGUUUCAAAGUUCUGAUCGAAGAAGGUGCCGGUGCGGGAGCUUCGUUCAGCGAUGAUGUGUACCGAAAAGCGGGCGCAUCCAUCGGAAGUAAGGAGGAGGCCUACAAAUCCAAUAUUAUCCUUAAAAUACGAGCGCCAAGUGAAAAGGAAUGCGAGCAGUUCCAGGAGAAGUCCACGUUGAUAUCGCUGCUCUAUCCGGCCCAGAAUCGCUCCAUUGUUGAUGCUUUGGCCAAAAAACAGUUAACUGUAUUUGCGAUGGAUUGCAUUCCACGUGUCACUCGUGCACAGGCGUAUGAUGUGCUCAGUUCAAUGGCGAAUAUAUCUGGCUAUAAGGCGGUCAUCGAAGCAGCUAAUCAUUUCGGACGCUUCUUUACCGGACAAAUCACUGCUGCAGGACGAGUACCACCGGCCAAAAUCCUUGUUAUUGGUGGUGGCGUUGCUGGCCUAAGUUCUAUCGGUACCGCUAAAGCAAUGGGAGCGAUUGUGCGAGGAUUUGAUACGCGAUCAGUUGUCAAAGAGCAAGUAGAGUCGUUGGGAGCCGAAUUUUUGGAGGUCAAAAUGGAGGAAUCCGGUGAGGGCAGUGGUGGAUAUGCAAAAGAAAUGAGCAAAGAAUUCAUUGAAAAAGAAAUGGAGCUAUUUGCAAAACAGUGCAAAGAGGUGAUGGAUUAG